UAUCAAGAAUUUAAAAUAAUGAUACAAAUUAUAAUUACCUUCCUGUGUCUGUAUUCUGUUGUCCUUGGUAUUUUCUUAUUAGUGACCAAUAAGUAGGACUUGUAGUUUGAUUGUACAGGUGGCAUAUUUGAAUAACUAUUGUUGAGCACUGCAACAGAUCAAGAUUCAAAAAUCAAGACUAAGCAAUAGAUGGCUACGAAUGGACCCAGUAAUUGGACCUACCCCCCAGGCGGUUCCCACAUCCAAUCAAUGUGCGCAGCAUCAUCGACAUCCAAUCACUAUGUAGAAGUUUGGGCGGCAAUUAGCUACAGUAGCCAUAUAGUAACGGUUAAUGUUUGAAAUUCAUCACUGAAACUCAGGCGGUAACAGGGUAAAGUUAGCAACAUGUAUGGGUUGUUUUAUUUCGUAGACGGGUCCGUUAUUGCAGAGAGUACAUCUAUUAUACAGGAUGCAUAUAUAAAUGCUGGUGUUACAGUGACCUGCAAGGAAGACAUCCAGUCCCAGGAAGGCUGGAUAGAAGUGAUUUUGCCAGCUAAACGCAGGCAAGAUCCGAAGCCGGUUGCAGCCAAACUGCUGUUCAUGGCGGAAAACUACAAAGAAGUAGUCCAGAAGCGUGUCGCUUUCCUCAAACGGGGGGAUAUUUGGUCUUCCAGUCAGUCUGGCCAGGAGAAGGGGGUGGUGAAGCAAGGAAUGACCUCUGGUUCACAGAUGGCCAAGAUAGGUGAACAGCUCAAGAGGGACCUCAAACGGCAACCUACAAGACAACUCAGUUCUACUCCUGCUAGAUAUGAGUCUGAUUCUGAUGACACAUGUUGUGAUAUUUUUGAUCCUCCCAAAAAACGAAAAAUGGUGAUUAACACCAGUGAGGAGGAGGAGGACACCAUCCCUCAGGCGGAGUCUCAGCGGCCAGGGACAGUGCCUGCAGUUUUUGUUGAACUGGAUGAGGACAGUUUGAAGGCUCUAAAAGAGCUGCCAGGACUGGUGUCUUCACUCAAAACAGUCCUAAACAAAAUGGAAGAUUCACCUUUGUCUUCCAUGAUUUCCAGCCAAAGCGAAUCACCGCGCACUGGCAGUCACACUGGCAGUGAAGAAGACAUGGUGUCAUUGGGCAACUCAUUAGUGCAAGUCCCAAAACGCCUCUAUCAGAGGCUGAUUGGGAGGAUGAUGUCCCUCUUCACACAGGAACUGGCCACAUUGGUGUUUGGCAGGGAAACUUUGGCCAAGGCAACCCUCACAGGGAAAGGAAAAAAAGGCGAGCUGAAGGAGCAGCUUGAGCCAGAAAAAACCAACGCAAUUAUAGAUGCAGUCAGGGAGCGAUUCCCCAACACCGAGGUGGCAGAGAUCCGGGCCCUUCUACGGAGAAAGUGCAACAAUGAGAGCUAGAAGGCCUCUAGUAACUCAAGUCAGAGCUAGAUAUUCAUGUGUAGUAAGUUGUUUUGCCAUUGUUCUGUUAUCGGCAUUUCAGAGAAAGUCGACUGUUCAAGGUUCCUCCUUUUGCCAAUAUCUGCUUUUGUGUGUUACUUUUGUGUUAAUAAUAAAGAUCCUCUUCUGAAAUGCAA